UGCAAGUGUCAGAAAACAACAGAGACGCCCAAAGGAGCAGCCUUGUGUUUGAGCUAAAGCCAUGAGGGGAGCAGAGCGGCUGUAGGAGAUGUGGGAGCUCAUGCAAGUUUAGCAUCAGAUCUGCUUCUGACAGAAGGGUUGGACUGGUGGAGAAAGGCACAGAGACCGGCUUUAGUGGCGAAUCUUGAGGAGAAAAACUACGUCAAUGAAGACACCAGGCAUGGCUGUGUUCAAACAACAGAAUGUGGAGGACUUCUAUGAAAUGAGGGAACUUCUGGGGAGUGGGCAGUUUGCAAUCGUCAAACGCUGUAUAGAGAAGAGCACGGGCGUUGAAUAUGCAGCAAAGUUCAUCAAGAAGAGACAGAGUCGGGGCAGCAGACGUGGAGUAAAGAGAGAGGAGAUUGAGAGGGAAGUCAACAUCCUGCAGCAGCUUCAGCACCCUAACAUUAUCUCGCUACACGACAUGUUUGAGAACCGCACAGAUGUUGUGCUUAUCCUUGAACUUGUUUCUGGAGGAGAACUGUUCGAUUUCUUGGCUCAGAAGGAAUCUCUCAGUGAGGAAGAGGCCACCCAGUUCAUCAAACAGAUCCUUGAUGGAGUCCAGUACCUCCACUCCAAAAGAAUCACACAUUUUGAUCUUAAGCCUGAAAACAUAAUGCUGCUUGAUAGGAACGUUCGUCGACCCCACAUCAAGCUCAUAGACUUCGGACUGGCACACAAAUUAGAAGCAGGGGCGGAUUUCAAAAACAUUUUUGGGACCCCUGAAUUUGUUGCUCCAGAGAUAGUUAACUACGAGCCGCUGGGAUUGGAGGCAGACAUGUGGAGCAUUGGAGUCAUCACAUAUAUACUAUUGAGUGGCGCAUCACCGUUCCUUGGUGACACAAAGCAGGAAACACUGGGAAACAUUUCCGCCAUGAACUAUGAUUUCGACGAGGAGCUUUUUAGUAGUACAAGUGAGCUGGCAAAGAGCUUCAUCAGACAACUUCUAGAGAAGGACAAAAGAAAAAGAAUGACAGUACAAGACGCCCUUAACCAUCACUGGAUUAAGUCCUGUGGCUGCAUCAAGGAAGAGAAUGCUGCACCAGAAGAAGAGAGAAAAUCAGAGCAGCUGAAGACGAGUCGUUUAAAGGAGUACACUAUCCAUUCCCAUUCCAGUGUGCCCCAGAACAACACAUAUGCAAACUUUGAGCGCUUUGCUCAUGUAGUGGAGGAUGUCAAUCUGAUGGAGAUGGGAUUGUCAGAGGUGGCAGGAGCCAGACACACCCUCCAGGCGGAUAUAGAGGCACUACUCUCUAUCUACAAUGAUAAAGAGGCAUGGUAUAAGGAGGAAAGUGAGACCACAAGGAAGCAGCUGUCUCAGGUCCACUACCAGUUCCGUAAAAUAGAGGCCACGAGGAUGCUGCUGCAGGAUGACAUGAAAGCUAUAGAUACUAAACUAGAGAGCAUCAGCGGCAAGUACAAUCAUAGGCAGAGUCGGCUGGACGCUUUGAGGCUGGAGCUGAACUCUGAGCUGCAGUGGCUGCAGGAAGUGAUGAGCUCCUUGCAUUCAGAGGGAGCCAGCGGCAGCAUCCACAUCAACAGCCUGAAUAAGGACGUGAGGCAGGCGCUAAAGGAGCUGCUGCAUCCGUCCUGCAAGAGGGAACUGUGUCCUGAGGCAAAACAGCCUCUGUCAGAGUCCAAGUCAUAUGAAGAGACACUUUCUUAAAUGCUUGAGAAAAUCUUAAAAAAUCAGAGCUGUUUUUCAGCUGUACAAAACUGUAAAUGUAUAGCUUAGUCCUUUUUACUUUUCUUUUUCAACCUAAGGUACUGUGAUAUUACAUUGCAGUAAUAGUAUGUAUUUGAUUUUGGAGUGACUUGUGUAUUGGCUGUCUUGGUGAAGUAAAUUGAUGUGCUUUCAUUGCUUUCCUAAGCUACACGAAGGACAGAGUUUGGCUUACCCUGGCAUAGCACAAAAACAGGUUACCUUACACUAUUCUAAUGCUUGGUGAAACCACUUCAAGCACUUCUGUUGGCACUACUGAACAUAUUUUUGUCAAAGCUGCACAAAAUCAGCAUAGAAAUGGUGAGUGGUGUUUUUACAGGCUGCUAGAGACAAUUACAUAAAGCUGUUAGUCAUGCAUAUAGCUCCCCUUUACAAAAAGAUGCAAGUAUGAAUUUAUCUCAAACAAAUAAAUGUAGCUAGAGCAUCAGUAUACUGAUAAGUACAUUUUAUUACGUAUUCCCAGGUUAGCUGUUUCCCUUAGCUUCCAGCCUAAACUGAGCUAACUAAAGCUAAGCUAACUGUAGUGAGGCUUCUACUUCUUAUUUCAGGGGUAUAAUAUGCUAAUUUUGUUAUAGUAGAUUUUGCACCUUUACACUAAUCUCUCAGAUAAAAACAAAUCUCCUUUAGCACGUCACUUUCCUGUUUCCUCACUCCUCCCUCAGUGUUCUGAUAGAAGGCAGCCAUUUGCAAGACAGUCUGGCAACAGACCGCUCAUCUCUGACGGCCACUCUCACAGACCGUUCAUCUGAGCUACGGUAUAUCUCAGCAACGAAAUACUUGCUAAAGCAUUCAAAAUAAAAUCGCAUUAAACUUUCUGUACAGGGUUAGGGUAAGAGUCAAGGUAAUGGAUAGAAAACCAAGAGCUAAAAGUCAAAAUCUGACCUGUAAAACCUGAUUAAAAACAUUUGAUACAGCCCGGUAAACAGUCUGCUCACAGAAAAAAAACUGUCACCAUUGAAAACAUUUUAAUGCACCAAGCUUAUCUUACAUAGCUCAGUUAGCUGCAUAAGCUAUGUAGAUAGCAUAGCUACACAACUAACCGAGCUACAUAGCUAACAUAUAGCUGCAUAGCUAACGUAGGUGAAGCUAAGCUCCAAAGCAGCUACAUAAGUUAUGUAGCUCAUUAUCUACUUUAGCUGCAUUUGCUAAAGCUCAUGUUGCUAUAGCUAAUUUAGCUACAGAUACCAGAGCUACAUAGUUAAUGUACCUAAAGCUAGGCUCAGAAGCAGCUUGCAACAUUAAUACAUUAAUUCGAGGCCAGUGUACAUAAGCUUUAGCUAAAGGUUACAGAGCUGAAGUGAGCCACUGUUUGUGCUUCUAAAAUGGGUCUAUACAUAAUUAAACCCUGGAUUAGA